UAUAUACAAAGUUUACAAGAUCCAAACAUGGGGUUGAGUCGUAUUUAACAAGAACAUUCAAGUUUUCUAAAUUUCAAGUUUUCUUAACAAGGUUUUCAGCACAGAAAAGAUGGAUUCUCCGACAUCCGACUGUUCACCACAGGGAGCACCACAAUCAGCGCCCCCUGGAAACCCGAGCUUGUGGUCGAGGCGUCGUAAUCGUCAGAGACACAGAUCCGCGUCUCCUUGCCUAACCAGAAAUGCAGCCACUUGUCCUAGGGCCACUUCUGGUGGAAGCCCUGCAGGCCAGCGUAACACAAGUCCCGUCGCCGGUCCUUCUGGCCUCUGCCCUAGAACAAGUCCUGCAAUGGCAAUACUAAAGUCAUUGACGGAGACACAGCAAGCCAGACUCGCCUCAGAGAGAACCGCUGCGGCUAGCUCGCUUUAUAGGAGCCAAUCCUCACCAUCGUCAUCUGUGGAUUUUUCUCCUGGAUCGCCAGCCUCAUCUUAUGCAACAUGUCCCACUUCUCCUGCGUGCUCUCCUAUAUCUCCAGCGUCAUCUUACCGAACGUGUCCUUCUUCACCUGUUGAUUCCUUACCAGGAUCGAGCCCGUACUCGACUCCAGGACACCGUAUGAGCCGGCCACCUACACCGGGACGACAGUUUGUGUUUCCCUCAGCUGGCCCGGGUCCAUCAGGCGGUCCUAGAGCCACUUCAUCGCCUAUAUCAUGUGCACGUCCAGUUUGUCGCGUUGAACCCCAACAAAGGCCCCAAGGUCCAGCUGGCAGACGUUCACCUGCUGCUCAGGGUCCUGCAGGCGCCGGUCCUAGGGUUCACUUCGCUCCUGUCGCGGGUGGCCCAGGACCUGGACAACGUCCUGUUUGUCAAGUUGCUCCCCAACAAAGGCCCCCAGGUCCUGCACCAGCAGCUGGAAGACGUUCACCUGCCCGUCCUCCUGCAGCGGAGCCUAAUCAACCUCACGUAUGCCGUCAACCUAUCUGCGACUGUGCUGCUCAGCCCAGGCUAGGUGGCCGACCUCCUAGGAGGCGACCUCCUGGCGAGGAACCUAGAGCACGUCCUCAAGUAUGCCCUGGAGGAUACCAACCCUUGCCCGGAGGUGUUCCUGCUGAGAGGCGACCUCCUGUUGCGAGACCUAGAGCACGUCCCCAAGUAUGCCCUGGAGGUUAUCAGCCCUUGCCAGGACCGUAUCCUCCUGCUGGGGCGCGCCCUCAAGUAUGCCCUGGAGGUUACCAGCCCUUGCCUGGACCUGCUGAGGCGCGUCCUCAAGUAUGCCCUGGAGGUUACCAGCCCUUACCCGGACCUGCUGAGGCGCGUCCUCAAGUAUGCCCUGGAGGUUACCAGCCCUUACCCGGACCUGCUGAGGCGCGUCCUCAAGUAUGCCCUGGAGGUUACCAGCCCUUACCCGGACCUGCUGAGGAACGUCCUCAAGUAUGCCCUGGAGGUUACCAACCAUUGCCCGGGCCGUAUCCUCCUGCUCAGGAACGUCCUCAAGUAUGCCCUGGAGGUUACCAGCCCUUGCCCGGACCUGCUGAGGCGCGUCCUCAAGUAUGCCCUGGGGGUUACCAGCCCUUGCCAGGACCUGCUGAGGCGCGCCCUCAAGUAUGCCCUGGAGGUUACCAGCCCUUGCCAGGACCUGCUGAGGCGCGUCCUCAAGUAUGCCCUGGAGGUUACCAGCCCUUGCCCGGACCUGCUGAGGGGCGUCCUCAAGUAUGCCCUGGGGGUUACCAGCCCUUGCCUGGACCUGCUGAGGAACGUCCUCAAGUAUGCCCUGGAGGUUACCAGCCCUUGCCCGGACCUGCUGAGGCGCGUCCUCAAGUAUGCCCUGGGGGUUACCAGCCCUUGCCAGGACCUGCUGAGGCGCGUCCUCAAGUAUGCCCUGGGGGUUACCAGCCCUUGCCCGGACCUGCUGAGGCGCGUCCUCAAGUAUGCCCUGGGGGUUACCAGCCCUUGCCCGGACCUGCUGAGGCCCGUCCUCAAGAGUGCCCUGGAGGUUACCAACCCUUGCCCGGACCGCGUUCACCUGCUGAGGCACGUCCCCAAGAGUGCCCUGGAGGUUACCAACCCUUGCCCGGACCGUGUUCACCUGCUGAGGCUCCUCCUGAAGAGUGCCCUGGUGGUUAUCAACCCUUGCCCGGACCGUGUUCACCUGCUGAGGCUCCUCCUGAAGAAUGCCCCGAACCGUGUCCUCCUGCUGAGAAACGUUCUCCUGAACCGACCCCUAGUCCAGUUCCUCACAAGUGCCGUGUACCUAUCUGCGAUUGUGCGGGUCAGCCCAGGCUCGGACCCCGUGGCGAUAGGGGACGGCCUGGACGUGUUCCACAACAUAACAGACCGGGCGGCAGGGAGCCGAGGCAAGAUAGAUCUUUGGGUCAAGCAGAUGCGAGCUGUUCUGCGGAAGAGGACAACCAAGGGGCCGAUAGAACAUAUGAAUCGGGAUGUGACAACCCAGCGUCCGGCAGACGAAACGAAACCUGUUCGAUGGAAGACGAGUCGCCAGGUGCUAUUGCCACGGGCGCUUCCUGUACUCCGGGCUCAAGACCCACAGAUGGUCGCAGAUCACCAUGCCGUAGGCCUGAAGGCGAUUCUAAUAGAGCGGGUAGUACUUAUGGUGAGGACAAUCCUUGUGCAGAAGAACGUUCUCCUGUCGCGGGUCCUUCAGGACUCUGUCCUAUCGCCACUACUCCAGUGCGAAGGCCUGGCUCCAGGCAACCUCGUAGGCUAUAUCAUGGCGAUGAAGAUUCGGAGUGCGAGGAUUUGAAUUCGUCGCUCGGAACCUGGUCGACCGGCAACGACUCGGUAUGUUCUCCUGCCGCGGAUAUUUCUGGAAUCUACCCUUUAUCCUCUACUCCAACCGCAAGGCCUUUAGCUGACCUCUCCUGGCCACGUCGAAGGCUAUAUCAUGGCCCUGAAGAGUCGGAGUGCGAGGAUUUGAAUUCGUCAAUCGGAACCUGGUCGACCGGAAACGACUCGUGCGUAAGCGGUGCAAUGAAUAGAACUUUCUCUGUGGGCCGAGGAGAUGAGACCUACAAUGCGGAUGCCUCAUGUACUGAAGAAGGAGUAUUUGAGGAUUAUUUGUGUGAAUCACCGGAGAACGACUCCAGAUCUCUACCCGGUUGGGCGCGCAGAGGUACACAGUGCAAUGAAGAUGGCUUAAAUAGAACUUUUUCGAUGGACCAAUCAGAUGAGUCCUAUGGUUUGGACGACUCAUGUCCUGAAGAAAUAUUUGCGGGUGCGUUUCCUGCACGUGAACGUACUCCUGUCGGCGGGUCUUGUCCUCCUGCCGGUGGCCCUUCACGCGCACGUGCCAGAUCCUCUUCUCCUUACGGUGGGUCUUGUCCACCUGGUAUGGCACCUCCAAGGGGAAGAUCUCCUGUCGCGGGCCCUUCAGGACUCCGCCCUAGAGUCUUCACUCCACCCGGAAGGCCUAGAGCAGAUCGCCCCCAUCAAUGUCGUAGACUAGAUGAUGGCAGUGAUUAUUCGGGGUGCGAGGAUUUGAAUUCGUCGCUCGGAACCUUGUCGAGCGGUAACGGGUCGGUAUGUCCUCCUGCCGCGGGCCCUCCAGAAUACGUAAGAACUCCACCUGGGAGACCUAGACCAGAGACAUACAAGGCACGCCGUAGGUUAUAUCAUGGCUCUGAGGGUUCGGAGUGCGAGGAUUUGAAUUCGCCGCUCGGAACCUGGUCAAGUGGCAACGGGUCGUGCCGAGCAGAUGAGACCUAUAUUUCGGAUGACUCAUGUCCUGCAGGAAUAACAGAAGAUAUAAGUCUCGUGGAUGAUGUGUUUGAUUCACCGGACAGCGCCACGCAGCCUCUACCCGCGUGGGCGCGCGCAGCUAUGAGACAGGAAGUUCUAGACCAAGAGAAAGCAUUAAGGGGAUUUCCUUUGUGCAAUGAAGAUGGCUUCAAUAGAACUUUUUCGAUGGACCAAUCAGAUGAGUCCUAUGGUCUGGACGACUCAUGUCCUGAAGAAAUAUUUGCGGGUGCGUUUCCUGCACGUGAACGUACUCCUGUCGGCGGGUCUUGUCCUCUUGCCGGGGGCCCUUCACGCGCACGUGCCAGAUCCUCUUCUCCUUACGGUGGGUCUUGUCCACCUGGUAUGGCACCUCCAAGGGGAAGAUCUCCUGUCGCGGGCCCUUCAGGACUCCGCCCUAGAGUCUUCACUCCACCCGGAAGGCCUAGAGCAGAUCGCCCCCAUCAAUGUCGUAGACUAGAUGAUGGCAGUGAUUUUUCGGGGUGCGGGGAUUUGAAUUCGACGCUUGGAACCUUGUCGAGCGGUAACGGGUCGGUAUGUCCUCCUGCCGCGGGCCCUCCAGAAUACGUAAGAACUCCACCUGGGAGACCUAGACAUGAGACAUACAAGGCACGCCGUAGGCUAUAUGAUGGCUUUGAGGGUUCGGAGUGCGAGGAUUUGAAUUCGCCGCUCGGAACCUGGUCAAGCGGCAACGGGUCGUGCCGAGCAGAUGAGACCUAUAUUUCGGAUGACUCAUGUCCUGCAGGAAUAACAGAAGAUAUAAGUCUCGUGGAUGAUGUGUUUGAUUCACCGGACAGCGCCACGCAGCCUCUACCCGCGUGGGCGCGCGCAGCUAUGAGACAGGAAGUUCUAGACCAAGAGAAAGCAUUAAGGGGAUUUCCUUUGUGCAAUGAAGAUGGCUUCAAUAGAACUUUUUCGAUGGACCAAUCAGAUGAGUCCUAUGGUCUGGACGACUCAUGUCCUGAAGAAAUAUUUGCGGGUGCGUUUCCUGCACGUGAACGUACUCCUGUCGGCGGGUCUUGUCCUCCUGCCGGGGGCCCUUCACGCGCACGUGCCAGAUCCUCUUCUCCUUACGGUGGGUCUUGUCCACCUGGUAUGGCAUCUACAAGGGGAAGAUCUCCUGUCGCGGGCCCUUCAGGACUCCGCCCUAGAGUCUUCACUCCACCCGGAAGGCCUAGAGCAGAUCGCCCCCAUCAAUGUCGUAGACUAGAUGAUGGCAGUGAUUUUUCGGGGUGCGGGGAUUUGAAUUCGACGCUUGGAACCUUGUCGAGCGGUAACGGGUCGGUAUGUCCUCCUGCCGCGGGCCCUCCAGAAUACGUAAGAACUCCACCUGGGAGACCUAGACCAGAGACAUACAAGGCACGCCGUAGGUUAUAUCAUGGCUCUGAGGGUUCGGAGUGCGAGGAUUUGAAUUCGCCGCUCGGAACCUGGUCAAGCGGCAACGGGUCGUGCCUAGGCGAUUCAAUAAAUAGAACUAUAACUUUGGGCCGAGCAGAUGAAACCUACAUUUCGGAUGACUCAUGUCCUGCAGGAAUAACAGAAGAUAUAAGUCUCGUGGAUGAUGUGUUUGAUUCACCGGACAGCGCCACGCAGCCUCUACCCGCUUGGGCGCGCGAAGCUAUGAGACAGGAAGUUCUAGACCAAGAGAAAGCAUUAAGGGGAUUUCCUUUGGUAUGUCCUCCUGCCGCGGGCCCUCCAGAAUACGUAAGAACUCCACCUGGGAGACCUAGACAUGAGACAUACAAGGCACGCCGUAGGUUAUAUCAUGGCUCUGAGGGUUCGGAGUGCGAGGAUGUGAAUUCGACGCUUGGAACCUUGUCGAGCGGCAACGAGUCGAGCAUAGAAUAUGGAUCGAAUAGAACUUAUCGGAUGUGCGAACCAGAUGAUUCCUAUACUAUGGACGACUCAUGUAAUGAAGAAAUAUUUGCGAGUGCGUUUCCUGCACGUGAACGUACUCCUGUCGGUGGGUCUUGUCCUCCUGCCGGGGGCCCUUCACGCGCACGUGCCAGAUCCUCUUCUCCUUACGGUGGGUCCUGUCCACCUGGUAUGGCACCUCCAAGGGCAAGAUCUCCUGUCGCGGGCCCUUCAGGACUCUGCCCUAUAAUCUCCACUCCACGUGGAAGGCCUGCAGAAGAUCUUCCCUAUCCAUGUCGUAGACUUGAUGAUGGCAAUGAAUCUUCGGAGUGUGAGGAUUUGAAUUUGUCGAUCGGAACCUGGUCGACCGGCAACGAGUCCAGCCUAGAAUAUGGAUCGAAUAGAACUUAUCGGAUGUGCGAACCAGAUGAUUCCUAUAAUACUCUGGACGACUCAUGUAAUGAAGAAAUAUUUGCGAGUGCGUUUCCUGCACGUGAACGUACUCCUGUCGGCGGGUCUUGUCCUCCUGCCGGGGGCCCUUCACGCGCACGUGCCAGAUCCUCUUCUCCUUACGGUGGGUCUUGUCCUGCCGCGCGCCCUAGAAGGAUCUGCCCUAGAGAUAGUCCUGAAGUCGGACAGUGCAUGAGAAUGGAUUCUACAUUUGGCACGCAAGACGGAGGCUUGUCGACAGGAGAUGAGUCGGCAUACUCCCCUGUCGCGGGCCCUUCGGGACUCUGUCGUACAGAGUCUACUCCAUCAGCAAGGCCUUUAGCAGAUUUGUCCUGGCCACGCCGUAGGCUAAAUGAUGGCAGUGAAUCUUCGGAGUGCGAGGAAAUGAAUUCGUCGUUUGGCGCGCAAGAUGGAAGCUGGUCCACUGGUUACGAGUCGAGCCCAGAAGGUGCAACGAAUAGAACUUAUAAAAUGAUGCGCCGAGCAGAUAUCUCGUGUACUCUGGACGACUCAUGUAAUGAAGAACUAUUUGCCAGCGCGUUUCCUCCAAGUUCUCCUGUCGGCGGGUCUUGUCCUCCUGCCGGUGGCCCUUCACGCGCACGUCACAGAUCCUCUUCUCCUUACGGCGGGUCUUGUCCACCUCCAAGGAGAUCCAGUCCUGUAGCUGCGGAGAAUGUGCCCGCGGUCAUUGAGGCCCUAGACGACUUAAGGAAUGAGCUUGAAGAUGGAGUGUGGCGCAUCUUAGGCAACGAGACAGCGAACGUCUCGCAAGGAGCUAGGACUGCUGAUGCUGUCGUAGACAGGUUGUUGGAGACCCAACGUCACCUGAACAUGGAUCUCCAGAGGCUGGGAGACGCUAUUAAUCAGGACCGGGUAGAAGCUCAGAUUGAAGAAGCGGAAGGGAUGGUGGCAGCGGCUCAGGGAAUGCAUGGGAACACGUGAAAUUACGAUGACAACACCUUACGUUGAUCUGGACCAUCGACGACCACAGUGAAGACGGAGAAAGCUAAUAUAAGUAGCUGAAGAUCUUGUCUUAGUCUGUAUAUAUAAUACAUAUGUGUUACAAUUGUAAAUAAACGACUCAACCAAAA